CCCAGUCGCCGGACGGUGGCAUGACUGUACUGCCGCAUUGGAGGGCGCAGCGUGGCCAGGUGACGACGGCCGGGCAACUCCCCCUUCCCCUUUUCAGUUCCGGCGCCACCGUGCUCCGCCGCUCUCUUUCUCUCUCUCUCUGGGCGGAACACCGCACGGCCUUCCAGUUUGCCUCUCUGAUCCCGACACCCAGAACACCACCAUCCCCAGAAAUCCCCGCCCCAAAACCCUAAAACCCUCGAGAAAAGAGGAAGCCCCCCGGAGUCGUCUUCGCUUCCGCCGCGAUCGAGGAAAAUGGCGACGUAGAAGGAGGCGGCGGCGAUGGCGUCUUCCAAGCCGAGAGAACCGGAUUCAUCCCGUCGGCUCUCUAUCUCCUCCUCCUCCUCCGCCUCCGCCACCUCCGAUUUACUGACCGCCAUCGACCGCGCCCACAGCCUCGCCGCCAACGGCGGCUCCGCCAUGGCCGCCCGCGACGCCCCCUCCUCCGAGUCGACUCUCCUCGACGCCGCCGCCGACGCCGCCGCCGCCGCCCACCUCGGGGACCCACCCGCGCCCCUCGCCGCCGCCGCCAGGACCGUCGACGACGUGUGGCGGGAGAUCGUCGCGGGCCAGAGGGUGGAGUGCAAGGAGGAAAUGCCGGACGAGAUGAUGACGCUGGAGGAUUUCCUGGUCAGGGCGGGCGCUUCCGCUGGGGCCGAGGAGGGGGAGGAGGAGGAGGAUGUGGAGGUGAAGGUUGACCCCGCUGAGAGGAUGGGCAGCAUGGGCAGCAUGGGCAGCGGGGCGUUCUCGUUCGAUGCGAUGGCGCCGAGCACGAUAGAGGCGGUGGAAGGGUCUAUAGUGGGGUUUGGGAACGGAGUGGAGUUGAUGGGGGGAGGGAGAGGGAAGAGAGGGGCGUGUGUGCUGGAGCCGCUGGAUAAGGCGGCCCAGCAGAGGCAGAGGAGGAUGAUCAAGAACAGAGAGUCCGCGGCGAGGUCUAGGGAGAGGAAGCAGGCGUACCAAGUGGAACUGGAGUCCUUGGCUAUGCAACUCGAAGAAGAGAAUGAGCAGCUAUUGAAAGAGAAGGCUGAGAGGACUAAAGAAAGGUUCAGGCAGCUUAUGGAGAAAGUGGUUCCCAUUGUGGAGAAGCCAAAAACAGCUCGGGUUUUAAGGAGAGUUCGAUCACUGCAGUGGUAAAACAUCAUGCUUAAAAGAUGGGAGAUUCAACCUUCUCUGCCGUGGGAAGGGUGGAAAUGAAGCAUCCAUAUAAUUAUUUUUUUUAGUUGGCUGCUGUGGCUGUGGCUUUGCUCAUCAAAGAGAAAGGAUUUUCUCCUCGACAAAAGUAGCAUAAAAUGAGAGAGAGAGAGAGAGAGAGAGAGAGCGGCUACAUGCAGUCUGCAAGAAAAUAUCGAAGUAGUGGGCAUUAGAGUUUAGAUAAGAGGUACUAGAGUUUCAUGAGUUGCUUCCCCAAUUGGCAGACCAAUUUGGUCUGGAGAGCCAGCUGUAAAGAUUUAAUACUUUAGAUCUGAAUUUGAUUUUAUGAAAGUUAUGUAAAUAUUUAGAUGUAGUAUGUGGAGCAACCCCGAAUUUUGCUCUUUAUCA